ACCUUUAUUAUCAAAAUUGUAGAGCUGGGAAGCUGACUUAAAACGAGGAGAAACAGUAGAUAUGGGAAGAGAAAGGAGAAAUAACUAAGAGGAAGAUGAACAUGGUGUGCUGCAAAUCCCAUCACCUUCCAUGGAAGCCCUUGUCUCCACCUCUGUUUCCCAAUCUCAAUGACACUAUUAAUGGCAAGAACAAGCACCCAAUGGUAUUAACAAUGAGCAGUAGCAGCAUAGCGGGGUCGCUUUCUGAUGAGAAUGAGGCAGGGGUACCCAAAGGGAAAGGCUCAGGAACCACAGCCAGAGGAAGGAGAUUGCUCAAACUCCGUGAAGAGAAGCGGAAACGCGAAUACGACCGCCUCCACAACUACCCUGCCUGGGCCAAAGUUAUGGAAGAUGCUUGUAAGGAUGAUGCUGAGCUGCGAGCUGUUCUUGGGGAUAGCAUUGGCAAUCCUGAGCUCAUGAGGAAAAGGGUUGAAGAAAGGGUUCGAAAGAAGGGUCGAGAUUUUCGGAAAUCCAAAACGGGUUCAGUCCUCGCAUACAAAGUCAGCUUUAGAGACUUCAACCCUGUUGAUUCGUAUAUAUGGUUUGAAUUAUAUGGAUCACCAUCUGAUCGGGAUGUUGACCUUAUUGGUAGUGUUAUUCAGUCAUGGUAUGUUAUGGGGCGUUUGGGUGCUUUUAACUCGUCUAAUCUACAGUUGGCAAAUUCAUCAAUGGAGUACAAUCCCCUCUAUGAUGCGGAUAAAGGUUUCAAAUUAAUGCCUUCAUCAUUCCAUGAUAUCAGUGAUGUUGAGUUCCAGGACAACUGGGGCCGGGUGUGGGUAGACCUUGGUACAUCUGAUUUUUUUGCCAUUGAUGUGCUCCUCAACUGCUUGACUGUUUUGAGCUCGGAGUAUUUAGGCAUUCAACAGGUGGUUUUUGGUGGUCGUAACAUGGGUGAUUGGGAAGAGGGGAUGACGAGCCCUGAGUAUGGGUACAAGUACUUCAAGAUCUGAAUCGAGAACUGUCUCAGUUAAAUUCGGCCGUUGGUUUAGGAACUGCAGAAUGUUGUUUAGAGCCGAAUGAUAAUGAUAUACACCCAUGUAUGAUCCUCUUUUGAUUUGUUUCCAUGAGUGAUGGAUGUUGUUGAGCUCUCACAAUGUCAAACCAGAACCAUUACUCUCAGAUUGCAAUGUAAAAUUCAGGUACAAGCUCUGAUAUGUUUAUUAUUUGCAAAGCGUAUACAGAUCUUCUGAUUGUUGGACAAA